UGUGUAACUUCGGAAGUUCUCAAUCUAAAGCUUCAGCUCUUCACCAGUUCAUUAUCCACCCCAUGACUUCCCUUGACUGUUGUUAGUGAAGACUUGAUUCUAGGAAAGUAUUCUUCUUACCUGCUCUGAUGUAGAUCACCAACAAAUGACCAGGUUGUCUUGAGUCUUCCACCAGCAGAAAAUCAUAAGAGGAAAAGAACAAUGGAUAAAUGGCAAGCAAAAAGCGAGAAAUCCAGUUACAGGCGGUCAUCAAUAAUCAAAGCCUGUGGGAUGAGAUGAUGCAGAACAAAGGCCUAACAGUGAUCGAUGUUUACCAAGCCUGGUGUGGACCUUGCAAAGCAAUGCAAACCUUAUUCAGAAAAUUGAAAAAUGAGCUGAACGAAGAUGAACUUCUGCAUUUUGCUGUAGCAGAAGCUGACAGCAUUGUGACUCUCCAGCCGUUUAGAGAUAAAUGUGAACCUGUUUUUCUCUUCAGUGUUAAUGGCACAAUUGUUGCAAAAAUCCAGGGUGCAAAUGCACCACUUGUGAAUCAAAAAAUUAUUACCUUGGUUGAUGAGGAGAGGAAAAUUGCAGCAGGUGAAAUGGUUCGCCCUCAGUAUCAUGAAAUUGCAUUUGUAGACUCAGAUUCAGAGGAUGCUGGGGAACUAAGCUAUGAAAGUGUUGACCAAAUAUACACCAUUGUUAUUAUAAAGCCUGAUGCUGUGACUGCUAGAAAAGUUCAAGAAAUUAAAGAAAAAAUUAUCAAGGCAGGAUUUGUCAUAGAAGCAGAGGAUAAGAAACCGCUUACUGAAGAACAAGUAAAGCACUUCUAUAGUCAAAUAGCAGACCAGCCUGACUUUGAGGAUUUUGUUUCUUUUAUGACAAGGAACCUAAGCUAUAUUCUAGUUGUUUCACAAGGAAAGGAAAAACAGCCUUCCUGGGAUGAUAGUGAAGUUAAUUCUGAGACAGAAUCUAAAGAACCGUGGGAUGAACAAGAAGAGACGGCCAAGCCUUUGAGGAUGAAGAGCAAAAGUUUACAACAAUAUCUGGAAAUACAACAAAUAUCUCAGUUUUGUGAUGUUGAAGAGAAUAUAACUAAUACUAAGUUUAUUGAGGUCUUAAUCCCUGAUUUUAAAAAAAUUAGAGGCAUAAAAUUUGAAAAGAUACUGGCGUUACUUCGACCAGCCCUCUUUAAUGAAAGAACAGAGGAUGUUUUGAAUAAAAUUCAAGAUGAAGGCUUUAAAAUAUUGCUGCAAAGACAGAUAGUAUUAUCAGAAGAAGAAGCAAAAGCACUGUGCAAAGAAUAUGAAAAUAAAGAUUAUUUUGGAAGUGUUAUAGAAAAUAUGACCAGUGGUCCAUCUCUAGCCCUUGUUUUAGUAAGAGAAAAUGGCUUAGGAUACUGGAAACAGUUAAUUGGACCAAGCAAUGUUGAAGAAGCCAAAGAAUAUCUUCCAGAGAGUUUAUGUGCACAAUUUGCAAUAGAAGGUUUGCCUAUCAACCAGUUGUAUGGAAGUGAUUCACUAGAAGAUGCUGAAAGGGAAAUACAAUAUUUCUUUCCUCCUCAACACACUGUGGCAUUGAUUAAACCUCAUGUAACACAAGAACAAAGAGAGGAUAUCAUGAAACUUAUUAAAGAGACUGGAUUUGAUAUAACACAGAUGAAAGAAAUACUCCUAACUGACGAGGAAGCAGAGAAAAUUUAUUUUAAAAUAAAAGGAAAAGAGUUUUAUAAGGAUGUCUUGGAUGUUUUAGCUAAGGGUACAUCUUUGGUCAUGAUUCUGACCAAGUGGAAUGCUGUUUUAGACUGGAGACGAUUGAUGGGUUCCACAGACCCAGAGGAAGCAAGACUACUGUCCCCAGAUUCUAUUCGAGCCCAAUUUGGAAAAAAUAUUUUGCAAAAUGCUGUCCAUGGAGCAUCUACUAUGGAGGAGGCAAUGGAGACGAUUGGUAAAAUGUUUGAAGACUUCGUUCCUGAGAACCUUGAGGAAAACUAAAGUAUAGUACCUCUUGAAUUAUUAUUAUAUCUCCUUAUUACAGUGACUGGACCUAGGACAAGGCUGGUCUAUAAAGACCAGAGUUCUCCCCAUAUUCCUGAAUCAACUUUA